ACGUCAUUUAUGGACGCCCCCUUAGGCACUCAUCACCAAAACUCAACUCCACGCGUACAAAAAGUCGUUGUAAGUGCUACGUCUUGUGCUGGAUGUACGUCGUCUCGUCGUCGUGUUUAUCGCCGGGUAUCACAGCCGCCGCCACGUUCCGACGUUCCGGGCCCCCACCCCUCCACCGCCAUCGCUCCGCCCGCUCGCUCCUCCUCCUGCUCCUCCAGGUUGGGGCUUCUCGCUGUGCAGCUCACGAGGCGGGGGUCGUCCGCCGAGGCGCCCCCUUUUUGGAUCGCGGAAGUUCGCCGAGAAGCCGCGGAGAAGAUCCCCGGGCACGCAAGAUGCCGCGCAGAGCCAGCGUGCGGUGGGAAGACAUCGCCGCCGCCGCUGCUACUGCCGGGGCUGCUGCUACUGCUGCCACCGGCGAUGAGGGGGAGGCGGUGGAGGAGAAGGUGGCCCCGUCUCUACCCGUGGAGUCGUUCGUCAUCAAGCGAGAAGAUGAAGAGAUGCCCAGGAGUGAAAUGUGGCUGCCGGUGAAGGUGGAGAGAGAAGACCGCGAUGGCGGUGUCAACGUUCGCAUCAAAGAGGAGGUGGAGGAGGACGAGGAGGAGGACUACGUCGGUGAGGACGGAAGAGAGAACAACCGGAACGUCACGGAAGAGGGCCCUUGCGCCGAUGCCAGAGAGUGUCGCGUCAAGCGAGAGAAGCCGUGGGUCGAGCGGAGGAGGCACCUCAGAGUGGUGGAGGUGGAUCUCCAGAAGCUGAUCAACAGUGGUGGCGACGGUGGUGACCGUAGUGACCGUGGCGACGGUGGUGAUGGUGGUGACGGUCGCUCCGUGAGCCCGCGGGGAGGAGACCGGGACGCCUCGUCAGGCGUGGCGGAGAUCGACGUGGUGCUGGAGGACGACAGAGAUGGUAGGGGACACGGCGGCUGAGGGGAGAUGUUAACUACCCUUGCCGGGUACACAGGAAGUCGUGUUGGAUCACGACCCUGAUGAGAUGUUAACUACCCUUGCCGGGUACACAGGAAGUCGUGUUGGAUCACGACCCUGAUGAGAUGUUAACUACCCUUGCCGGGUACACAGGAAGUCAUGUGUUGGAUCACGACCCUGAUGAGAUGUUAAUCUACCCUCGCCGGGUACACAGGAGGGCAUGGGUUCGAUCACAACCCUGAUUCGAUGUUAACUUCCCUCGCCAGGUAUGCAGGAGGUCGUGGGUCGGAUCACAACCCUGAUGACAUGUUAACUACCUCACCUGGUACG